AUCACCUCAACCACCUUCCACACUGGACAUAAGGGAGAGAGCUUCAAUCUAUUAGUGCAACCCUGCAGCGUCUAUUUAGGACAGGAAGUGCAUGACCUUCCGUAGUAGACAGCUCGAGUGAAGUUAUGCCAUCCAUUGGACAAUCCGCACAUCAUUUGGGACAUGGAAUGAGCGAUAAGAUGCGGCUCUCUCCGAAGUUCGUCUACCUGACCUACCUAGAGACCCGAUGCUUCGGACUCCUGGGCUCAUAAAUUAUGUCUUGCCGAACACUGCUUUGGCUGUGCGUUCUCGAACGAUAUCCCUCAGUCUAACAUUGCCACUCAAGAUACAAUGGCUCCCUUCAGCUUGUUUCUCACAAUAGCGAACCUGCUCGGCUCAACACUAGCCAUCACGGCUGCCGAUGCCGCAUCACACGUUAUCUUCUCAUACCCAGGGACUGCGCACCCAGCAAGGUUGACAACUCUCGCAAAGAAAUGCCAAAUAGGCGGCGUCAUAAUCUUCAGAGAUAACGUCGACAGCAAGCUUCCCGCAUAUCUCGCCGGCCUACAAAGUGCAUACGCAUCAGGCGGGUGCACAGUGAAAGGCCCACUCCUGAUCCUCACUGACCAAGAGGGCGGGCAAGUCAAGCGACUCCCUGGCGGCCCCACGCUGUCGGAGAAGAUGAUCGGGCAGCAAUCGAAUCUCGCGGCGGCGGGCAAUACCGCAGGCGUCCAAGCCGCGAACGCGCUCAAGGCGUACAAUAACAACGGGAACCUCGCGCCCGUGCUCGACGUGUAUCACGCCGAAGGCGAUUUCGAGGACCAAUUCGAGCGCUCGUACAGCAACGACCCUGCCGUCGUAGCCGCGUGCGCGUCGGCGUUUAUCAAAGCGCAGCAAGGCCUCGGUAUCGCCGCCACGGCGAAGCACUUCCCUGGUCUGGGCGCGGCGUCGGCCUCGGAGAACACAGAUGCGCGCCCCGUGACGAUCACGCGCAGUUUGGCGGAUCUGCGGUCCAUCGAUGAGGCGCCAUAUGCCGCUGCUAUUCAAGCGGGCGUCAAGAUGAUCAUGCCGUCGUGGGCGCUGUACCCUGCGCUAGACUCCGAGUAUCCCAGCGGUAUCAGCAGCAAGUGGCUCCAGGGCGAGCUGCGCGGACGUCUAGGGUUUGAAGGUGUUAUCAUUACCGACGCGAUUGAAGCGGGUGGAUUGAGCGGGUUUGGGACAGACUCUCAGCGCAGCGUUCUGGCGCUCAGAGCCGGGGUGGAUAUCAUUCUGGCUGCGGCAAGGGAUGUCAGCCAGGGAGAGGGCAUUGUUAGCGCGCUGGUGAAUGCUGUGAAUUCAGGGUCUUUGAGCAGCUCUGCCUUCUCGGCUUCGACGGCGCGGAUUUCUGCCUUGAGGAAUGCAUUGUGAGUUGCCACGUUGGUGCUCUGCGCGAGAAUGGCGGAUCGGUCGCACUGCUAGAAAGCUCUCUGACACAAACAAUCUUGAAUCACUGUGAUUCGCUGACUUAGGUCUUAGCUGAGGUGAGGGAUGAAAUACGGUGUUGCAAGACGUUAGCUAGCCUAGUCGUGUGGACGGGUAUUCAAUAUGAGUCUCAGUAUCGGUCCCAGUCAAAUGGACAGCCCAAACAGCCGGACUUCGUGAUCCCUUGCAUCUUUCCAGGUAUAACGACAUACUCAGGAUUGUUGUCCUCUCUGAAACUCC